AUGACUCAAACUAACCCGGACGUGCGUCCUACGUUGGAGAAGUGUCGUUAUUCCAGCUGUGUGUCUGAAGCGCCCGAAGUUGCAAGCGCCUAUGAUGUCGACGGGGUUUCCGCGGCCAAGCGCCGUCCAGCCCCAAGAGGAUUCUGCGUCCGGGUCUGGCAUUCCGCGGAGCCAAGGCGAUCGUGGGGACGAGACGACUUUGACGGAGGCACGCCACGCCAUGCUUCGUCCCACGACGCGAUUCCUUCCCCGGUUGCCAGUCGUGCCGGCGCGAAGACGCUAGCGCCGUCCUCGCCGCCGAGCACCACCGUCGUGAGUGUGAAGACCACGCGGACCGUGUCGAUCACGAAGACUGUCAUGGUCAAGACGACGUCUGUCAAGACGACGCAUGUUUCGCGGCCACGGACAACGACUGUAAUGGGCCUACCUUGGCUCACUACUACGGCUUACACGUGUGCGCACGUGUACGAGGAAGCGUAG